AUGCAGGACAGUCACAAGUCGUUUUUAAUCAAGGACCUCCUCGGUGAUGUGCUGCGGCCGGGCGUCGGCGGCACUGCUGUUACAGGAGCGGUUCACGCCGAUGAAGCUGAAGAGCCUUUGAGAUGCAGUUCAUCCCCAGCGAGUCCUAUAGAGCCUUCUGAUGGUGAAGACGAUAUAUCUAUUGGCGAUAAUCGCAGUGAAACGUCGACGCCUAGAAAAAUACAAUAUGCAUUUGAAAGUAAUGCAAAGAAAUAUCAGAAGACAGCCGAUUCGGAGGAAAAUGAGAGAUCCUCACCGCUUGAAUAUAGUUUUAACAAUCGCUUAAAACAUUCAAAUUACAAUUCGCCGUACAAGGAAGAUGAGAGUGAGAUAGAAAAUCGAACGGAGGAACGAAUGAAAUUAUACGACAACGGUCUCUUUCAUUUGUAUAGAACCGAUAGAGAGAGCAAUAAGGACGACGGUAACGAAGCUGGUGCUACGUUUGGCCAUAUGAGUGGACCGCUCACGGAGAGCAUCUAUGGCCGCUCUAUGGAUUUGUCAAAGAGUACUUUUCAAUCACAAUUGCUGGCUGGUUUUGCAGCCUCCGUGAUUGCGGGCAAUUCGCAAAGGGAGUCUCAAGAAUCGACAGAAAGGCAAGCCACAAGUCGACCAGCGGCGACGUCGAACAGUGGCCGCAAGCCGCGCCGCCGGCGGACCGCCUUCACCCACGCCCAGCUCGCAUACUUGGAACGGAAGUUCAGAUGUCAGAAGUAUUUGAGCGUUGCAGACAGAGGGGACGUGGCUGAUGCGCUAAGUCUCAGCGAGACGCAGGUCAAGACGUGGUACCAAAAUCGGCGGACAAAGUGGAAGCGUCAAAAUCAGCUACGCCUGGAGCAGCUGCGCGCGCAGGCAGCGAACGGGGAACGCGAAUUGUCGGCGCACGCGCUUCCGUUAGCUUGCGCUCUGCUACCACCGUAUCCUGCUUACAUGCAUUGUCAUCUGUGAGUCAUAUAAAAGUAAAUAUAAUAUACUAGAGUUCAUUUUAAUGGAAUUUAAUGAAAAUGUAACUAUGUUUUA